CUUUGCAAGAAUGGCAUCUAAAAACUAUCAACCAGUGGGGAGAGAUAGCCACUCCACAAUAAAAGUAAAAGACUACCUAUAUAUGUGGGGUGGGGCCGGGUCUGGAGUACACUAUGAUGUGAUGGAGGUGUAUCACUUACCAACUGGUGCUUGGGACCAGAAACCUACUACUGGUACCCCACCACCAGGUACCCGGGGCUACUCAUCAGUUGCAAUUGGGAAGGACAUAUAUUAUUUUGGUGGAUAUAGUGGUGGUUAUCAAAACGACUUACACUGUUUCAAUGUGAAUUCAUUUAAAUGGAGGGAACUCUCUCCUAGUCCUGAUCACCAUCCAAUGAUGAAGUACUACUGUGGAAUGGUAUCAGCUCAUUUUGGCGGUGAAGACUAUCUUAUAUUAAUUGGAGGAAGUGGAUCAUAUUCCAUCAAUACUCCAAAGCAACCUGAUGCUCAGUAUUCAGCUAGUGGUAGAUGUAAUGAAAUACAUUAUUACAGGAUUUCAUCAGAUCAAUGGAUAUCUCCUGUUGUUACUGGGGACAGACCACCUCCUAUUAGUAACUUCACUCUAACACCAGUUACUAAUAGCACUGCAGUAAUGUUCGGAGGCCUUACUGAUAAUGGAGUCAGUAAUAAAUUGUAUAUGAUAAGUUUCACUAAAACAUCAGUGGAUAUAUUAGAAGUACCUAAUCCUGGAGGAUUAGUACGAUGGCCUAAGGGAAGAUAUGCUCAUUCCAGUGUACUGAUUACCACUAGUUUAGGACCACACUUACUAGUGGUGGGUGGAUCAAUUACCUACGAUGUAUGGUUAAUGGACAUCAACAAAAGAAAAUGGAAAAAACUGAUUAAUCUACCAGUCAAUGUCACUAAGAGAUACUGGCAUUCUCUCUCAGUGUGGAGUGUGACCCCAACUACUAACUGGAUAAUUGAGUUUGGAGGAGGUACAUCAUGCAAUGAUACAGCAGUUUUUGAACUCAGUAAGUACAUGUAG